AGUAGCAUGUGUAGCCCGAUUGGCUGCAUUAGAUACUAGAAAUAAUGAAUUACAAUACAGGAUAAUGAGAGAUUACAGAUUAGAACCAUAUCAAAAACAUCUUAUUAUUAAUAAAAUUCAAACUCAAACUCAAAUUUCUUCAAAUGGGAUUGCAUCAUCAUCUAAAACAGCCAAUAGCAAUAGUGGAAACAAUAUAUUAACUACUAUACAAACAUCUAUUAUCGAUUUUGAUCAAGUUAAUACAAGUUUAAUAGGUCAUUGUGAUACGAAUCAUUUAAAACAAUGCUCCAAAGAUUAUUUUACACCACGCCAAAUUUAUCUUUGGGUAAAAUUAUUAGAAUUAAUUGUUCAUUUAUCUAAGGACUUAAAUGAAAUGUUAAAUAAUGAUUAUAUUUCAAUGGAGUGGAUUAUUCACCGGGAAAAAAUAAGAAAGGAUUUAAUAACAAACAUUACAGAUAAUGAAAAAAUUUUAAUCCAAUCCUACAUUUCAGAAAUUCAUAGUGCUUCUUUUAAAGAAAUUAGCUUUUCUUGGGAAUUAAUUCAAGCUAUUAGUGCAAUUAUAUUUAGACAUCCUAAACAAGUUCACCUUCUUUGGGAUGAAAUCAAGAAGAAAAUUGUGAUGGAUUUGGAUCCAGAGAAAAAAAAUAAUAAUAUAAAAAUGAUGGUUAAUAAACCUAUUUUUAAUUCAAUGAUGUCAAUGAAGAAUAAGUUAAAGGGUUUAAAUUCAUCCAAAGAAGUUGAUAAAAGAUUUGAAGAAUUAUGGAAUCCAUACCUUCAAUCACCAAGAUCGAAAUGUCCUUAUGAUAUUAUGAAUAUUAUGGAUGAUGACAAAAUUCCUCAAUUAGAGUUUAUAAAAGACAAUAUAAUUCAUCCAAACGUGAAAGGACCAAACCUUUUAGAGAAUUUCGCAUGUGCUUGCGCGGAUAAUUGCCAGAAAACAGCUGUGUGUCAGUGUAUGUUGAUCGAUGAGGAAACUCAUGGUGAAGGAUUUCCAUUUAAGAAAGAUAGAUUAUCAAGAUCAGACAUAGGAGCGAUCUAUGAAUGUAAUUCUCGAUGUAAUUGCGACAUGAGUUGCCCGAAUCGGAUCUUUAAAACUAAAGAAAAAGGGUGGGGUGUUAGAACGUUCCAUUUCAUUAAAGAAGGUGAAUUCGUAAUGGAGCAUGUUGGAGAAGUGAUUGAUGCUAAGAUCGCAUCGCUAAGAGCCAAAGGAGACAAGUACUUUCAUUCUAAUUAUUGGUGUGGAAUAAGCCGAUUCCUUAAUCAUUCCUGUAAUGCUAAUUUGAUAACUAUUCCCUUUUUUGUAGAGAAUAAAGACAAGAGGUGGCAAAGAAUAGCUUUUUUUGCACAAAGAGAUAUCAAAGCAUCUUCUGAAUUAACGUUAGAUUAUAAAAUUGAAACCGAGGAUUUUGUUUGUUAUUGUGGAUCACAAUAUUGUCGGUGA